CAUAAUUAGGAAAAUUAUCCCUACCACGGGAGUUUCCAACUCCAGCGUAUGUAUACUUAUAUAUGACCGUGGUAUCAACAAAUGUGAGGUAUUCGUGGAUGUCAGAAGCUUAUAAAAACGGUGAAAUAUAUGUUAUCAUUAUAAUAUUGUGUUAGAAGUGAUUAACAAAGUAGUACUCAGUAAACGGUAAUAUAUAGCAAGUUUAACCUCUAAAUAUAAAACAACUAUCAAUUAUAUUGACGAUUCUUAUUUAGUCUAAUUUGUUGAAAAACAUUUGGAUGUUGUAAUUAAAUGGUUAUAUCGCUGAAAUUUUGUAUAUAUUUUCUUAUGUUUCGGUGUUUUUAAUACCGUGCUAUUAAUUCAACAUUAUUCGUAAAAGGUAAAUUCAUGAAGAUUGUGUUGUAAAUCGUAGUAAAUAAACAUGACGACCGCAGUAAAAACAUUGUGGAAACAAGCGUUAAAUACAUUUGAUGAACGAAGUAACGUUGGGUUUAAGCUUUGUCAACAAAAUUUUGACAAAUUGCGAUAUUUGAUGAAUAAAAUUACAGCCGAAGAUGUAAAUUUGAAUCAGCAAAUUCUAGAUUUCAUUCAAGUACAACAUGCACCGAUGUGGGUUAUUGACAUAUUUGAGAAUAAGGACUUUGCUAUAUCAAUUUUUAUAUUGAAACACGGAUUUACAAUGCCAAUACAUGACCACCCUGGAAUGUAUGGCUUUUUAAAGGUAAUUAGUGGGAAAGUUCAAGUGAAUAAUUAUACUUUAAAAGCAAAUGAAGAUCAUGCAAUUAAACUGAAUAAAGAAGUAAUGGCAUUUAGACAUAAACUGAUAUCUUUGCACAGUAAUUCUCCUGCUUGUACUCUUACGCCAAGAGAAAGAAACUUACAUGAAAUUACAUGUAUUGAAGGGCCAGCUGCAUUUUUAGAUAUACUUAGUCCACCUUAUGAUGUAGAUGAUUCAGGUAAGGGACCAAGACCGUGUACAUUUUUCAAAACUGUUGGUAGUUCUAAGUUGUGUACAGAUUUAUCAGAUAUAAUUGAAGAAGUUAAGUUAUUGGUUAUCGAGGGUCCACCAGAUUUCUAUUCUGGAAGUCUCAAAUAUACAGGUCCACCGUUAAUGUGACCUGAAGUAUUAAGAUAUAUUUAGAUCUUGUGUUCUGUUUGUUAAAUAAUUCUGCAUUUUGUGUAUUAAGUUGCACUUAUAAUUGUAUCAUAAACUUAUAAAUGUUCAAAUGACAAUUCUAAUUAAUUGGACAAUAUUUAUAUUUCUUUUUGCAUUUUUCCGCAUAUGAUCAUAGGAUGGAAUAAGAUAAAAUAAUUUCCUUUAUAAAAAUAAAGUAAAAACGUAGGAUAAGAUUUUUUUUUCGAUUGUCAAGGAAAAUUAGCUUGAAAGUUAUUUGGGAAUACACUUGUUAAAUUUUUAAGUAAUCUCAUAUCUUAGUAAUUACAUGAAUAUAGAUUGAUAACAAUGUAACUGUGUAUCUUACGAUUCAAAUUCUUAGGUGGUGUUAUAGCCUAUGUUUAUUCAUUUUUCAAUAAUUUUGGUACAUAUAAGUUUUUUAAUAUAAAUUUAUAAGUAACAAUUAAGUGUAUGCAUACCUGAAAAAUUUUAAACUAAAUUUUUUCGAAAUAAAAUGUCACGUGAUAGUAUUCUAUAUUUUCAAUUUAUUUUUCUUGGUUCCAUGUAAUGUGCAAGAAAUCGUAUUAAACAUAUUAUUUUGACGGUAUAUACAUAUAGUAAGGAUGUGAAGAAUGAAUGUAUCAUCUGUAACACAUAAUAAGAUACACAUGACAAUUAUUGAAUAAAAACAAAAUUUUUAUUUAUAUAAAACACGUGAUAAUUAUAUCACAUAAUACGUAAAAAAUACAAACGAUAUCUCAAUAAAAUUAUGUACUAUUUUCUGGUGGAUGAAUCACCAGUUUUCAAUUGUUUGUGCAAUUCUUACAGGUUAUAAAAAUAUACUGUACUAUAAUAAUAUAGUUUACAUUACACAACAAUAAUCAAUAUUAAUAUUCCUUUAGUACCUCUGGUUUUAUACUUUAAUUUUGUUAAAUGAAUGUUAUAAUACAAUAAUUUAAAAAAGGAAAUAUCUUUUCUUUUUUAAUUAAAAACAGAAACGACUGGUAUGUACAAUGUAAUAAAAUUAAGAAAUUAACAUAUUACAUAAAGAUAUAAGUACUUACGUAAAUUAAUUGUAAAUCAGAAUGUUAUUUAUCUAGGUAUAUAAGAAAAACACGAAGUAUCGAUUUGAAUUGAUAUUUACUAAUUUCUUAUAUCUACAGCAAAUUAAGGCAUUUACAUAAAAUAAAGUUUUGUUCCAAAAUUUUUUUACUGAAUAUAUUAAUAUGUUUAAUUCAAGACUUAUCUAUGACAGAAAUAAAUUUUUAAAAAUACCGUUCCCUUUUCCAAGCAGUCAAAAUAUGAAUAACUUCUACCAAAGAUACUUUUGCUUAUUUCUCAAUGUACAGGAAAUUUGUAAUUUUAGUAUAAUAAAUAGUAUCGCUUCAUUAUGUAAUUAUUAAAUUUGAAACAGACGAAAUUGAAUUAUGGUAAGGAAAUAUUACCAUUAUUCAAUUUUUAGUUAUUAAGUAAGAAGGUGAAUGGACAUUAUUGUUACUCCAUUGAAUAAAAUAUCCCACACCUGACACAAUAUUUUACCAAUUGAAUUUAUGUAUAUAAUGACAUUUUCCAUACAUAUAUAUGGAGAACAACGUAUGUAUCUGUUAAACCUGAUUACAGUACCCAUACAUUUAUAUUGCUAAAAGUAGAUGGUAUAUUGGAAAUCCAUAUUUACGAUAAAAGUAUUCUAAAAAGUUUAAUUAUUCUACAUCUGAAACGAUAUACUGUCCUUUGAUAAUAUAUUCUUGAAAGGUAGUUUACAUGCAUUUAACUUGUCUGAGUUUCAGAAUUUUGCUGUCUUCUAUACAGUGCGACGUUAUUCU